GUACGAGAGCUGUCACGAUACGAUCGUGACGUUCACGUCCAUUGGGAAGCUGUGUGGAGCAAGAUAUACACGCGUGUGCUGAGAAAGCGCGAGCGUGUGACACGAGACACCGUCGGUCUCUCGUUCGUCUUUUUCUCCUUUCGCGGAGAAAAGGCCAUAUACCGUUGAUAGCACGGCACUCGGUACUCGCGGCAGUACUGAGUGACCUGCAGCACCCGGCAGUCAUCGAAAAGUGUACACGACGGCGGUCACCACGUACAUCACGCCGCUCAUCACCCCCGAGAAGAUGGUGACGAGGACAAAGAAGAUAUUCGUCGGUGGACUAUCGGCACCGACGACGCUGGAAGACGUGAAAAACUACUUCGAACAAUUCGGCCCGAUCGAGGAUGCCAUGCUGAUGUUUGACAAGCAAACCAACAGGCACAGAGGCUUUGGCUUCGUCACGUUUCAAAGCGAGGACGUGGUCGACAAAGUCUGCGAGAUUCAUUUCCACGAAAUCAACAACAAAAUGGUCGAAUGCAAGAAAGCACAGCCGAAGGAAGUGAUGCUCCCGGCGAACCUGGCGAAGACGCGAGCGGCCAACAGAGGCGCAUACGAUUUUAUGUGGUCCCUGGGAGCAUUACCUGAUGGUUUCCCAGCGGCGGCGUACGCGGCAUACGCGGCAAGCCGCGGCUAUUCUGGGUACCCUAGUUUCGGACUGCCCUACCCGACAGUGGAUAUUACCAACGGGCAGCUCACCUCCAACAACAACACGCCCUUGCUCACGCAAGCUCUUUCUGUGAUGAACAACUACCAGGCGGCCGCAGCGCAGGCCGGAUUUCCGCCGGCGUCGCCUCAGAGUUCAAGCGCCGCAGCCGCAGCAGCAGCCGCAGCCGCGGACUCAGCAGUCGCCAGCUACGUCCAGGCCGCAGCUAGUCCGCAGCCCCCUACGACCGCGUUCCCUGCGAUCGCCGUGUCCCGUGCCCCGCUCAACUACAGUCCCGGUCCUCUAAUACCAGCGGCGUUCACUAAUGGCUACCAUUGAGCCUUGUUAAGAGCUAAUAACAGGAUGGACGAGAGGGCAGAGCGCAGCACGGUCGACUGACGGUACAAUGAGCGAUGUAAAUGCCUUGGAAACACUUACCACGUUGAACGAUCUCUGGACGGAAGAGGACGUGUACCAUCACGAGCAAUAAACGGGGGAAUCGCGAUUUAGGUAGGAGGAUAAUGGUUUCCAACAGCGGGGAGAGACGAUCGAGAGAAAAUAACCGUGAUUUUCGAGCGGUAGAGAAAAAGGGGGAAGAAAACCAAAGUCGAAGACGUUUGGGAAAAAUAAGAAAAAUAAAAAAAAAAAAAAAAGAAUGAGGAAGAGGACGAGAAAGAGGAAGAGGAAGAGGAAGAGGAGGAAGAUGGAAGAGUACGGGGGAACACGAGAAUGAUAGGUGCGAGAGAAAUGUGAAGGAAAGAGGAAAAUUUGUAAAUCGCGAUACACGUCCAGAAUGUUUUUACGGGGGAAGCGACAAUGGUAGAGGAAGCGGUUAUAAAUGCAGAAAGUAAAGGGAAACGCGAAAGGGCAGAAGCUGCGUAAAGCUAGAUGUGGCCGAAACUGCGUAUUAAAUGCCCGU